AUGAAGGCUGGACGCAAAAAAACCCAAAUAGGGUUCCUUUUGUUAGUAUUGGGAAAUAUCUCGAUUUUUUUAAACAGCUCCCCGGUGAUAGCAUACAGCCUCAAAGCGCUUUGGGAACCGCGGAAGGAGUGUCUUUCAAAGGAUUCAAUACUUAGUCCGGUUAUCGAUGAUGAGGACCCUCGGAAAUUACGAGAUCUUCGCCCAAGAUCCGCAUUACUGGAUAAUUAUAAGCCACACUUUCACGCAAAACGUGAUUUAUCGGAUUACAACGAGCUAGGCUGGAAGCUCAUGGAUGAGGCAGAGAAUAGUGCGGAUAAACAUCUUGGUGAAUCGAAUGCAAUGGCAACGGUCGUCGAAAGAUAUCUAAAACCGAGAAUUGACAGAACCAAUUUCUUUUAUUGUCCCGACACAGUCCAAAUAUUUCUGUCGAUCUUUGGUUUGGAGGGCCUCGCACAAACAGGAGAUCAAUUGGACAAAUCACACUGGUAUUUUAUAUUAAAUUCCAAGGCCAAAGAGCUUGGGGGGAGCUGGGGGGAGUUUUACGUUACCGUCGAUAAAAGUCAUAUGAUCAUUACAUGGUGGCACAUAAACAGCGAUAUAGGGGAGAUAUUCGAGAAGGAAUACGAUAUUGUUAUAAUAGCAAUGUGGUUUUUCACAGUAAGAGAAGCUAAUUUUAGGAACACGAUUAAUUACAGAGAACAUCCGCCUAGGCAUAUUACAAUGCCCGGGAUCAAAAGCGAGAAGGUAAUCCAUGCCUUGGAAGAAAUCAAAACGCAAUUGAGUGGCAAUAUCAAUUCUUUAGGGGGGUUUUCAAUGGAGAGACCAGAGAGCCUCAGUCGAGAUAAUUUUGCCGCUCACAUCUGGGCAGCAUUGAUAGGGAUACCCGAAAUCGGCGCCAUAGAACGAAUGCUUAACAAAUGGAGUACUUUUUUCCCGCCAAGGUAUCAGAUACAAUUCAUCCGCUUCAAUACCCAUACGACACUAGAUGGAAAUCGAGAAGCAAUUCUUUCAGUUAACUUGAGGUCGGGACCGGAUACUUCUAAGUACGAUACAGCGGAAUCAUUGGCAGAAUCGACUCAAGUUAUGAUCCUUGAGAAUGACACAACAGAAUUCGGAAACUACCCAGCAAUUGAGAUUUUCGAAGCAUCUACUCUAGAGCUUAUUGUCCCAGGUCCUGCAAUAGGCGCAGGUUCCAAACGGAAAGCUGAGCUACCAGUGCCAACUUACAGAAUGAGUAAAUGGCUCCUCGUGACAAGUCUCGGAAACCCCGAAAAUUUCGAAAUUCAAAUUUCAACAUCUAGUCGUGAGAGCCACUUAGUCAUGUUAGAUAGCAUUGGAACCGAGCAGCAGCAAAUUGUUGCAGAUUUUCUAUACUUAUCCUGGAUUCAAACUCAAGGCACCCAAGAUCUGAGAGACAUCACGUUCCUGCAACUAUCUCCUAACACAGAAGCUCUCAUUCAUCUGCUAGCCACAGAAUUAAAAGUGGAUAUAUCAAAACAAAGCGUUUUUAUUUUAUGGGGGCGCGGACACUGGAGGAGAACGCUUCGGGAAAAAUCAACAGCGAAACCUUCACCCGAGAGGCGUAUUAAUGAUAAUGUGUUAAGGAGAUUUUCACAGACAGUGGAAUACGGCGCCGUACUGAAGAUGAUACUUCAACAACAGAGAUAUCCUGGAGUUUCACCUGGUUUCGAGCUUCGUUCCAUCGAGAUUGGGGACGGAACAGAGUUUAAAAGGUCAAAGGGGCUCGGGUCAGGGGACAAUAGACCACCAGCUACUAAAUUCGCAAUGCUCAUCCGCUUAGAACGCUCACAGGACGCUGUCGAAGACGAAAUAAGCAUUGCUGGCACCCCCCUAAAUACUGAGACCCCGCCUGACGAGUUUGAAUUAAACGAGAUAGAAUCAGAGUCACCGAGCCCCCAACUAGAGCUUAGAGUCCUAGAAGCUAUUGCCGAUCGUGCUGAAAUUCCAUCGAGGGACCCGAGCAUAGAAGAAAGCAUCCGGAAUUCUGUACCUCCAAGUCCUGCCGUACUACCGCAGGACCUACCUGGAAAUAAGGCGAAUAGGAUCGGCUUCGUCUUCGACUUUAUUCCACCCCUCGAUAAACCGAACGGCAAACCUCGCUUGAGCAACAUUCAUACGGAAACUAGUUUGAUAGUUCGGAGGUUCGAGCAAGUGGAGGACAGGGAGCGAAGCUCGCCUCUACCCUAUCUCGACGCCAUUGCAAAGACCUCGAAUCAAGAUCCGGAACCCCAAUACUACCACUUCUCCCUUUGGAUUCAAUACAAAGGUACAGCCAACUCUUUUGAUGCGGGUGAAUUUUAUGUCAGCCCUAGCCUCCACCAUAUUGUUAUCAAGAGGCUACCUGAUAUCAAGGAUCGGUCGGGUGAGGUAUAUGAGAAUCUUGCUCUUUCUAAACUUCUAUAUCUGAUGAUGUCAGAGUUAUGCGAAGGUCAAUUACAGAUGGAGAAAGGAAAUAUACCUACAAUCGAUUUUAUAUCUAUUGAGAACGUCGACAGUAAUACGGAGGCAUUUUUGAAAAAAACUUUCGACGACCAUAAGUUGGACCAAAACUCACGUUAUAUGAAACUCAGCAUUAUAGACAGUCUAUUAGCUACUCAUGUACCCGAGAGGGUACAGAAUACGGGGCCAGGGGCUGAGAGUCAUAAACGCAUAUUUGAGUACCGAGAGCUUCUCCUCGGUGCAAUACUUCGAACACGGGAGGUGUCAGGAAUACAUGAAAUGGCCGUCAACUACUACAAAGGGCAGUAUGUGGGCGACAAGGUACUCGAUAAUAUCUUCGUAACGUGGCGGAAAAGACAUGAUGGGACUUUUGCCUCGCAGAUACUUCUUGUGUUACGAGAUGUGCCGGAGAAGUUGAAGCAUUCAGAUAUAGUGGAGUGGAUGCAGAUGGUAUCCAAGGCUGUAGGCCGGAGCCGGGUUACUGAACCUAGGCCGGAUGAGGUGACAACCGUAGUCGCUCCAACCCCAUCGCUAUGGCGAAUACCAAAAAUAUACGCCCCCAAGGAGAAGUGGAAUGCGGUCGUUAUUGGCCAAGCUUUGAUAUCAAAAAUUAACCAAGGUGUUCUUCAUUCUCGAGCCCCCGCAGGCCGGUCUGGAAAUACUGGGUCCGGUGGUUGGGAUGAACCUUCCCUUUUGAUCGCAGAACUGCCACCUACCGGCGGCCUACUUGAAAACUCAAAAACUAAAGGCGCAGUCGACCUCUUGAUUGCCACUGUACAACUAGGUAUAACUGGGACCGUUGGUGCCUCAUUUUACGCCAAACAUUUUCCAGCCCUCGAGACAUAUAAAGAGUUCCGGCCCAUCGAUGGCCCUAGGCGGCCAAUACCUCGAGUACGUUUCUUUGAACGCUACGCAGUUAGCAUCGAUAAAUCACCAUGCCGUCAGCUUAUGUUUCUGAACCUUGUGAACAGAAUAUCAAGUCAGAAGGAGCUACAAGAAGAAUUGGAGCAAGUAUAUGAGCAGUCUUGGUUUGGUGGAACGGCUGAGCCACCCGCUUUACGGAUGCUAUUAAUUACAGCGCCAACCGAAAGCUCCUUUGAUGUCAUCCAAGAAGUCCUCGGCCUCCGAAAACAGCAGUGCACAGUUGAAGAUGAACCAGGGGGGCAGGUAGUGAUAACAAAACCAGCGCACAACUUACUAACAUCGACAGAAAACAAUCACUUCAUGAUGGACAUGGAAGAUCCACGAGAUACCCUAGAAUGGGCUACGCUUAUGGGAAUUCCAGAGAUUGCUGCUAUUGUAGAAGUCGGUUUGAGAUGGAGAGGGGUUAAAGAGACUUGGUUUUCCCCUUUAGCCAUAGUAAUUUAUUGCGAAGGAAGUCGUGGCCGGAAGAUUGGUGCUCCGCGAUUGCGAAUUGGAUUGAAACUAGCCCACUAUUCCUCGGCCACAGGAGUCGAGAUUCAGCCAGAUUGGCUUCACAAUGUUUUCUCCCCCUGA